UGCCUGCCUCUCUGACUGAAUAUCUCCUGUCUCUUAUCCCAACUCCGAGGACCUCCCCUAAAGUAUAUCAUCUCAUUCUGAUCGCAUCCGUGGUUCCUGUCCUGUUCUGUGUUGCGUUGGGCUCGUCCAUUGCCUUCUCGCGUUCAUAUGUCCCUCUAGCUCAAUGGAGAGAGAAAUUAUAUCUGCAAUAUGGUGUCUCGGACAACCCGUUUGCUUUGACAAGCAUUCCAUCAUCCCUGAUCUUGAGCACUCAAACUUACGACAUCCAGCUGGAGCUCAUUCUCCCAUUAACCCCGGUCAAUGAGGCCCUCGGCAACUUCAUGUGCAACAUGACCUUGAUCGGCCGUAGUGGUACUUCUAUCUCGUCUUCGAGACCAUACAUCUUUCUCCCACCUCUGCCAUUCUUUAACAUCUGGCCGCGCAGCCGUUCAGGACAUAUGGUUCUACCAAUGAUGGAAUCUGUGCUUCUGUCCACUUUAGGAAAACCAAUCACGGCGCGCAUCGAGAUAGGCCGUCAAGACGCUUGGCGCAGUCUAGGUUCACGACGUGAAGUACAAACCGUUAGUGCUGAGCUCCGAGUGGCAGCUGUGUUGCGUGGACUGAGAUGGUGGAUGUUCAAGUACCCUAUCACCAGCAUCACGGUAUCAACGGUUAUGUUCUUCCUGGCUGCAUGUCUCAUUGCUUCGGUCACGUAUGUCAUGAUCGCCCCUCCACUAAUACUGUCACUUUCGAAUUCUUCUAUCACACCUCAAGGACCCAUCAAGGCUGUUCCAUCCUCUUCGUCAGAGCAAACCAAUUACCAGGCAUCUGAAAUACGAGAGGAGGCAACAAUUCCGUUGGCACGAGAGAUGGUGGACGUGUCUGUUGAUCCGAGCAUUAAAAGCGAAGAUACGGAAGGGGAGAUGAGCGAUUGGAGCGAUGCCGUUCCUGUGACGGGGCGAGGGCAGACCCAUAACGCCUCAACGGGAACAGAAGGCAGUAGGGAACUACGAGUGGGUGUUCCAAGGAAUGAGUCUACAGACUCUUUGAGCACUCUAAACGGUGAUGUGCGGAGGCGGCUUGCGCAAUAG